AUGGUGACAACAAUCAAAAUCACCUGCGACGGAGUGUUUAUCCAGUCCAAUUCCUACCUGACGAACGGUCACCAUCAUCACAUCCGGCAGCAGUCGGCUCCGGUGGUUGUUCAAGGAGGAUCGAAAACAGCCGGCUUGGUGGACGGUGAUCAGGGCAACUCUGCUAGUAGCAGUAGCCCGGGAAGUAGCAAUAGUGACAAAGAAGAUUCUCAAAUGUACAGAUUUAACCAUAACGGAAUCGGAGUGGAUCGGGACGAUAACAAUAAUCGAGAUCUGAACCGCCGUGGUAAACUGUCGCUGGAUCACAGUGUCGGUAGUAGCAGUUUUCAGAAGAACGCUCGUCGACGCUAUCAAUCGGAGGAAGUUUUGUCACGUUAUCAAAGAAUCGACGAAAAUUCCGACGGUUCCGACACCGUCGAUGCCGCCGGUCCAAACUACUACAACAGCGGCCCGGUUUCCGACGAUCAGUUUACGAUUUCAUUCCUCAACACCCGCGGCCAGAAUGGAAAAAGUCUCCUAAACCAAAAAUUCAUCGUUUACAACAGCAAAAAACCAAAGGCUUCAACCAUACUGCAGAAUGGUCUGCAUCCGAGCCAGUAUCGUCAAUUUUUGAACGGCCGCCUCAAGCCGGCAUUUUCGACGUCCGUUCUUUCGUCGCCUUCACUGAUAGCCGGAACUGGCACCACCGGUGCCGGAACUUCCGGCGGACGACUGUCGGCCACUACUCCGCCACCUUCUAACGGGCUAACGGUGGCCAAGUCUACGUCGUACCUGCAACGAACCGUUUCACCGGGUCCGUCCAGCUCGUCGGCAUCAUCGCUGUCGCCUUCCAGUGGAUUUGCUUCCGUGUCGCCGACACCACUGGCCGCAACCGGAACCGUCGGUGCCUCGUCUGGAGCGAAUUUUGAUGUCGAUGUGAGAAGCGAGUCACGUGUUGACCGCAGAGGUUUCGCAAACCAUCAGCAGCAGCAACAACAACAGCAGCAGCAGCAGCACCAACAUCACCAGCAAGCCCACAGCACACUGUCGCGUCGAAAUUCCACCGGAAGCAGUGUGCUGAACGGCGGAAUGAACAGCCAUACGGCGGCAAUCAAUCUGCAAUCGUCCGGUCAAACAGCUGUGGUCACCCAUCAUCGAGGCUUUUCAUCGACCGUGGUAGCAGCAGCCAACUCGGCCGCCUCGGGCGAUUGUCCAUGGUUCAUGCCGCAUCAAAUGCCCCCGACGGCACCGGCGCGGCAGCACAAACGUCCCGCGCCCCAGCCCGGUACUGGCGGUGUACCGGCAGGAGGUGUUGGUGUUGGCGGCGUAGGACUAAUGCAGCCUCCGCAGUUCAUUAAUCCCCCACCUGCACCGCAGCAGCAGAACCAACAGCAAUCGCAACAUUCGCCACAACAGCACCAGCAGAUGGCACCACCGCAAUUACCUCCACACAGUGUUACUAGUAAUCAAAAUCACAGUUCCAUCCAUCUGCAGCAGCAGCAGCAACAGCAACAAGUGCAGCACCACCAGCAGCCUCCGCCACUGCAUGCCGGUUCUAUGGUUCCACCGGCCCACCACAUACCAAAAUCCCCCAAUCAACACAACAUGCUGGGGCCAUCGAGCCUGCAGCAGCAACAGCAACAGCAGCAGCAGCAGGGUCAACAGCUGCACCAGCAGCCAGUUCAGCACAAUGCCAUCGGUAGCCACCAAUCGAAUCUCAUGUCUGCCUCCAUGAACAGUGCACAGCUGCAGAACCACAUCCUGUCCAGUCAGCCAUCGCCGGCUUCGCUAUCCGCCAUACCACCCCACUCGGUUCAACAGCAGCAACAGCAGCAGCAGCAAUCCCAACCACCGCCUUCGCACGGUAUGUCUAACUCGAUGCACGCGCAAAUCGGUCUGCCACCACCGCCGACCGGAGGAUUUGAUAGCAACGGAGUCCCGAACAGUUGGAACAGCGCCGGCCCGGCAGUGGCAUCCCUGUCGCCCACUGCUGCCGCUUCGGCCCAACGGAGGGCCGAAGUUAAUGCCAAGCUGAACGCAAUGCCAUGGUUUCACGGUCGGAUAAAGCGCGAGGAGGCGGAAAAUCUGCUGAAGCCCCGUGAAGACGGUCUCUUCCUGGUGCGGGAGUCUACCAACUUUCCGGGCGACUACACGCUGUGCGUGUGCUUCAACGAGAAGGUCGAACACUAUCGAAUAAAGUACGCCGAGAACAAGCUGACGAUCGACGACGACGAGUACUUCGAUAAUCUGGGCCAGCUUGUGGAGCACUACACCCUGGACUCGGACGGACUGUGCACGAAGCUGAUGAAGGCACUGCCAAAGGAGGAAUUCUGCGUCAAGGAUUUCCAGGACAAUGGCUGGGAAAUCAAGAUGGAGGACCUGCAGCUGAAGGAGAACAUCGGCAAGGGCGAGUUCGGCGACGUCAUGCUCGGCAUACUGAAGGGCGAAAAGGUGGCCGUAAAGGUGCUGAAAGAUGCCGGCCGGGCGUCCAAUAAGUUCCUUGCCGAGGCGGGCGUGAUGACUACCCUUCAACACGAAAAUCUAGUUAAAUUUAUCGGAUUGGUGUUUCAUGACAAGUACAUCUAUCUGGUGACGGAAUUUAUGAGCAAAGGUUCGUUGGUGGAUUACCUCCGGUCACGGGGUAGGCAGCACAUUACCCGAAAGGAUCAGAUCAAUUUUGCAUUUGACACCUGUUCCGGAAUGGAAUACCUGGAAACGAAGAAAGUAAUUCAUCGUGAUUUGGCCGCCCGAAAUGUGCUCAUUUCGGAGGAGUGCGUAGCGAAGGUGUCCGAUUUUGGGCUGGCGCGCGACGAACGAUACACGGCCGACAUCAGUAAGCUUCCCAUCAAGUGGACCGCACCGGAAGCACUCAAAGAGGGGAAAUUCUCCAAUAAAACUGACAUGUGGAGUUUCGGCAUAUUGCUGUGGGAGAUCUACUCUUUUGGUCGAGUUCCGUAUCCCAGAAUUCCCCUGGCCGAUGUGGUGAAACACGUUGGCAGCGGUUACAAGAUGGAGGCCCCGGAGGGCUGCCCGCCGGAGAUCUACGAAAUGAUGCGACAAGCGUGGGAUUUGGUCCCGGAGAAGCGGCCCACCUUUGCCGAGCUGAAACGGCGGCUGGCGGUGUGCAAGCGGGAAACGGCCAACACCUACGUGACGUAGAGUGAAAAGCUCUGAGAACGGUCGAUCCUAGCGUAGCACACAAAAGAAAAAAAAAAAGAAAAUUGGCAGCACAUAAUUCAAAUCGAGGUUGUUGUUGGGUGAGAGUUGUUUGUGUGCACACACAAAACGCCAUUCGAAAGUUUAGAGUGAGGAGAGCAAGAGACAGAACAAACGGGAUUGUUUGCAUUUUUGUUUCCUUAAAGGAUAUAGUUUCUUUUUUUUUUUGUGGAAAAAAGUGAUUUUGACGGAAGAUUCCUUAUGAGCGUGCUCCCCCCUGUGCACGUGCCAGGAAGACCGGAAGAGGUCUUCCGGAGAGUGGAGCCUGGUGGGAGUGAAAUGUACAGAAAGUGAUUUUUUUUCGUUCGUUCGUUCGUCCGCACUGCAAUUUCGGUACGUCCAUAUUUUUGUUUUUAUUUUAGAAUAUCACCUGUUAUCACGUAUUUUGUUAGGGAAGGUGUGUGUGUAUGUGAGUGUAGAAAACUAAUUAAUUUGAAGUGUAAAUAGAGCAGAUAUCUUAUCAUUUUUUGAUUUGGAAAAACUUAGGAGAAAAAACAUCUAUCUGUGAGGAUAAACUGCGUAAAGUUUAUCGGUUGAAAAUGGAAUUACAGUGUUUUCUUACUCUACGAUAAGCACUAGGAAAGCUAAAUGCGAAAAGAAUCAAUUAUUACCGGCAGCUGAUUGCCGACUAAAGUUUUCAUACAUUUAACAAUUUAUUAGUCCUUUCUACAGAGAUACAUAUAUAAGAUAGAGGUGAGCUGUUUUGUUUAUUCUCUGCACUACUAUUUAUUUAAGGAGCUCCUUAUUUAUUUAAAAAAUAGCAAUUCACACAAAACGGUUUACCAUCCGAUUAUGCGAUUGCCGGUUUCUGGUCGUAAUUCUUGGUUUAUUAGUAUGAAAAUUAGUAGUAAGAUUGUUGACUUUGACUAAUACGUUUUGAGACAAUCAUUCGAUGAGAAAAAUAAAAUAAAUUUCGAGGCAUUUUUUCGGCAUUUGGUAGCAAUUGAAGCUCAUCAAAGAUUUCAUUUUGCAAAAUUAUGUGACAAUAUAAUUGCGCCUCGAUAUUCCACCUGUAAUCGGGGCCUCCCUAUAAUUAUCCUAGACCAUUAUUGGAAAAAAAGGUAACAGGAAAUUUACAGCCGGUCGAGAUUUUGCUUGAUUUAUGUGUGUACGCGUGUUUUAAAGUAAUUGAUUUUAAUAUGUUUUAUUUCAAUUUUAUUAUGUCCAUGCAAACUGGCCAGUACAGAAUUUUAAAUUGCAAUAUAUUCGGCAGUAAAAGACCAUAGCCAGCAAAAAGUUUACGAUAGAGCAAAGCUCAACCACAAGGCACAAAACGAAUUGUUUUGAAAAAAGAAAGCUGGAAUUUGCAGGUACAUUUCCGAAGAUUGCAUUUAUUAUAGUUUGAGCGUUUCUUUGCCAAUGCUAUAUUACAAAUUAUAGUGCAGUACAUUUUCAUAAACGCCUAAUUAUGUUAUAAAUUUUACAAAUUAGAAGUUGAUUUGAAUCUCAGUAUGGAAAUGUGCAAACCAUUCAGAACUUUUAUUUAUUUUUGUUUGGAAAAGAAAAACUUCUUCUGUGCUGGCCUACUGGGACUGCUGGAAACUGAGCAAUUCUCUCGCACAACGUAUAUUAUAGCACACACACAGACACACUAGCACUGCUGGCACACAAUUCCAACGCUUACUUAUUUGGUUCGAUGCAAAUCAGGCGUGUUGUGUUAUGAUGUAUGAAACAAACGACGCAGAAUGAAAAAAAAAAUAAUCGGAAGCAUAAGUAAGGAGAAUAAAAUAACAACACAAUAAUUAACGAUAUGAUAUUCAUAUUUGUAAUUUAUUAUUACUACUAUUAUAUCACUGCAAAGAAAAAAAGAAAUAAAAAGCGAAUAAUAGGCAGGAAGAAGAAAGAAAAAAGUUAUCUAAGGUUUUGCGUAAGCCGACACCUGUAAGCAUUAAUUAUCGUAUUACUGUAGUGUGUAAAAAAGGAUCAAAAUCAAGUUGGAUGACGAUAUAUCUAGGGUCUAGAAACAAACCCAACACAAGAGAUGUGCAGCUAUCAAUAAUCCCGUAAAGCAACCACUGCGUUUAAGUUGUAUAAAAAGAAAAAAAUGAUUUCCUGAUCAUUUUCAUAAAAAGUACGUAGGUAUGAUGCGUGUGUGCGCAUCACCGGAAUGCGUUAAAUUGAAGUGUACAGUAUUUUGUUUGAGAAACGAAAACGGAUAUCAGAUUGAGUAAGAGUUUUUAUAGCUGGAAUUUUAAUGUUUUAAUGAAAAGAGAAAUGAAAUUUGUUUUAACGACUAAUUUUCCUAAUGAAACUAUUCCAUUAUUACCAACACGACAGCAAGAGAGCGAAGAAUGUUAACUUUACUCUUACCCGAACAGAACGGCCGGUUUCUGAAUGUUUUCUCCUUUCGGCUAUAUGUACGUUCGAUACUUUCCAUAUUUGUUGUUUUCUUUUUUGUUUAGAGAUUAUUAUUGUUUUUAAUAUAUUCAAUUCGAUAGAUAUCGAAAGUAAGCAAAGCACGCGAGCAGCGAAACAGCAUGCAAACUUGUACAUACAUAUUCAAAAUUCUAUGAAAAAAAGCAAGUGAAAUUAACUAACGAAAAAACUCUAACCUUUACUCAAAUAAUGAGCGAACAAAAAACACGUAAGAAAACGGUACUUAACUUUGGCUUCGAAUAAUCAGAAAAUUCAAUAUAUAGAGCAAAGAACUACAAAAUCAAAAGAACAAGUUAAAAAAAACUAUCGCAGCCUCUCUUUCUCUCACACUCGUUACCAAUCAAUUCCCCGCUAAAUAAAUUCAAAUCCAGAUCAGCACUCGUAGAGGAACAAACAAAAAACUAGUAGGAAAGCUUAAACCUUUUUUGCCAUUUCAUACAAUUCCGUGAUGCCAAAAUGAGAAAACAAGUCAACAGAGUGACAAAAGAAGAAGAAGAAGAAGCAGAAGAAAAAGUUUAGCUUUAGUAAUUUUUUUAAUUAGUGCUGCCACUCUCGUGUCGCGCCACUCUGCAGCAAAAAGGAAAAUAUCACUAUAGCGUUAUUAUCCACUGAACUGGUAUAGUUAAAAAUCUGAAAACUCUCAAGAAGUAGUUAAUCGAACAUGUUUUAAAGUUUGGACCGCAUUCACAGCUCAGCAGCAGCAGCCAUUAACUAAAUAAUGCAAAAAAAACAAACGCUGGAAGAAAAAUAUCACUGACUCAACUACAUAUACAGUUAAAAUUAGAAGAAAAAAAAAUCCAAUCGAAAGUUGAAAAAUUCGACACAACCCAAACGGACAACUAUCAAGAGCUCAAAAAUGUUUGAACAAAAGAAAAAAAAAAUACAGUAGCCUAGCUGAAGUUGGCAAAAAACGAGCAAGCAAGCAUGCACAUAUAUGGUUAUUUAGACACAGUAUAAUAACGGAUUUUCCCUUGUUUCCCUCAAGACGAAGAGAGUCACCCUUUGGAUGCCACAAUGCUACUCGGAAAACACGCUCACGUAUUAUUGAUUGAGUAUGAAAUAGAGAGAACCAGAAACAACACACACACUAGAUUUAACCCCACUAAACAGAGAAAGAAUCAAUCAGGUCGCAGCAGGGUUUUGACAAAAGGAGAAUCCAUGGCACUCGUGCCGGUUUGGGUGUACUUCUUCAUACAUAUAGGCACUAGUAGCAGGCUCAGCUCAAAAACGGCAAACAGCAACACAAAACGAUGGAAAGGAAAUGAUGAUACAAAAAAGAGAAAAAAUGAAACAGUGCAGAAACCAGCAAACAAGCAUAAUGCUACCAGCAAAAAUCUACUACGGAACACAUACACACAAGUAAAUUAAAGUGAAAGAAUACAAAUUU